AUGGAUAAGAUAGAUAAAAACAGUGUCACUGAAAGCCUCAGCAUGAAGCAAAUCGUUGCUAAUCAAAAAGUGAAAAUCCCUGAUGGGUUAACUGUUCAUGUGAAAUCUCGACUAGUGACAGUGAAAGGACCUCGAGGAGUGUUGAAAAGGAACUUCAAACACUUGGCUGUCGACAUUCGCAUGGUAACCCCUCGAUUACUGAAAGUAGAAAAAUGGUUUGGAUCCAAGAAAGAGCUUGCAGCAGUAAGAACUGUAUGUUCACAUGUUGAAAACAUGAUCAAAGGUGUGACAAAGGGAUUCCAAUACAAAAUGCGUGCUGUAUAUGCCCAUUUCCCUAUCAAUUGUGUCACCACUGAAGGAAACACACUUAUUGAAAUCCGUAACUUUCUUGGAGAAAAGUACAUCCGAAGGGUAAAGAUGGCUCCUGGUGUUACUGUUAUCAAUUCCCCAAAACAGAAGGAUGAGCUUAUUAUCGAAGGUAACUCUCUUGAAGAUGUUUCCAGCUCUGCAGCUCUAAUCCAACAGUCUACGACUGUCAAAAAUAAGGAUAUCAGAAAAUUCUUGGAUGGUCUUUAUGUAUCUGAGAAAACCACUGUUAUACAGGAUGAGAUA